UUGCUCUUUCUAUAGUCUAUACCAGUCUUUAAGGAGUCUCUGACUGUUGUAGUGUUGUUGUCUAUAGUCUGUGACUACUCCGACUGUCAUGUAGAAAACAAGAAAGUUUUAUUUUCUUGUAAUAUUAAUGUUUUAUGGAACUUAGCUGAUUAAAUGUUAACAAUAUUGUUAUUUCUGCCUAUAAAUACAUAAAUUAAAGAUACAGUGCGUUAUUCGUGACAGCAAAAAAUUGUGUUCGUAUUUAACCAGUUUAACAGCAAGUUGCAAACUUUAUCUACAUUUUAUAUGGGCCAUAUCAAAGAUAGUUUUUAUCUUCUUAAUUUUUUUGGGAACUUUAAUUAAGGCAAAGAGUGCGGUGUGAGGCGCAGGGUCGGGCGGCGCCGGGCAGGGCCGGGCAUGCGGCCAUGGCCUCGCGGCGCGUGACGCGCAAGUGGGAGGUGUUCGCGGGCCGCAACCGCUUCUGGUGCGACGGGCGGCUCAUGACGGCGCCGCACCCCGGCGUGUUCGCGCUCACGCUGGCGCUCAUCUGCGGCACGUGCGCGCUGCACUUCGCGUUCGACUGCCCGUUCCUGGCGGCGCGCGUGUCGGCCGCCGUGCCCGCCGUGGGCGCGGCGCUGUUCGCGCUCACGCUGUCGGCGCUGCUGCGCACGGCGCUGUCGGACCCCGGCAUCAUCCCGCGCGCCGCCGCCGCCGAGGCCGCCGCGCUGGAGGCGGGCGAGGCGGCGCCCGGCGGCCGCCCGCCGCCGCGCGCGCGCGAGGUGCUCGUGCGCGGCCGCGCCGUCAAGCUCAAGUACUGCUUCACGUGCAAGAUGUUCCGCCCGCCGCGGGCCUCGCACUGCUCGCUCUGCGACAACUGCGUCGACCGCUUCGACCACCACUGCCCCUGGGUGGGCAACUGCGUGGGCAAGCGCAACUACCGCUACUUCUACACGUUCGUGGUGUCGCUGUCGUUCCUAGCCGUGUUCGUGUUCGCGUGUGCCGUGACCCACCUGGCGCUGCUGGCGCGCGGCGCGGGUCUGGCGGCGGCGCUGCGAGCCACGCCCGCCUCCGCCGUGGCCGCGGCCGUGUGCUUCCUAUCCGUGUGGUCCGUGCUGGGCCUGGCCGGCUUCCACACCUACCUCGCCUCAACCGACCAGACCACCAACGAGGACAUAAAGGGGUCAUUUUCCACGCGUCGUGGCGUGUCAAAUCCGAAUCCCUACUCUCGUGGGAACGCGUGCGCCAACUGCUGGCACGUGUUGUGCGGCCCGCUGGCGCCCAGCCUCAUCGACCGGCGCGGCGUGUUCACGAUCGACGUGAAGGACGAGCUGCCGGCGAGCUUCGUCCGCGUGCUGAGUGCGCCGCCGGCCCCCGCGGCGGCCGCGCCCGCGCCCGCGCCCUGGCCCGGCGCCGGCAGCUACAGCAACCUGUUCGAGGGCGGCUCGCCCGCGCGCCACGCCUACAUGAACCGCUCGCUGGACCUGGACCCGGUGCCGCUGGCCACGUCGCCGCCGCCGCGCCGCGCGCCGCCGCCCGCCGCGCUGUCGGCGUCGCGCCUGCGCCUGCUGCACGACACCACCAUGAUCGACGCGGCGCUGGACCUGGACGAGCCCGAGCCGCCGCCGCACCUGCCGCCGCUGGCGCCCGUGCACGCGCCGCGCGCGCUCUCCGCGCUCUGACGCGCCGCGCGGCGG